AUGGCUUCAAAAACAAGCCCUGCAGCUUUAACGCCAUCAAGACCGUUACAUAUCACCAUUCGAUUCGCGGAUUCGAUCCCUGAUCUGCUUUUGGACAUUCCCACUCAAAAUAACAUCACCGGUGUGGGUUUGAAACAUUUAAUUCGUUCAAAGCUCAAACCUCCUGCAUCACAGCGUCGAUUUCGAUUCAUUUACGGUGGGAAAUUCAUACGAGAUAAUGAUUUCCUCACAGCUAUACUCAAGGUCCCAACACCACCGCCACGAGCUAUAGAUUUGAAGGGCAAGGGGAAGGACGUAGAACCACCUCCAGCUAGGGUUUACAUCAAUUGCUCAAUUGGCGAUGAUGUUCUUAGUCCCUUCGAGAUUGAAGCAGAAACGAUAGCAGCCACCGCUGCGCUCAAUAAGCCAAAGAAGACAAAGUUACCAGAUGGAGCUUCUCCGAGCCUCGGCACACCAGCUUCAAGCACAACAGUCGCACCACGUGGCUUCAACCGCUUUCUCUCGGCGGGCUUCUCUCCAGCUGAAGUCAAUCAACUACGCCUUCAAUUUCAAUCAAUUCAAGCGAGCAUACAUACACCUGAUACUAUGCCGUCUCCUGAUACUUUGUUACGGAUGGAAGACUCGUGGAUAGAUAAUAAUGCAGGGAAUGGCGCAAUUGGGACCGAGGGUGGUUUUGACUUUGGAGAUGAUGGUAUGGGCAGUGGAUUCGAUGAUUUGUUAUGGGGUAACAUCAUGGGAUUUUUGUGGCCACUCGGAUGUGUGGUAUGGGUAUUGAGAGAACCUGGGAUAUUGUCAUCAAGAAGACAAAUUGCUGUCUUUACGGGCUUUCUCCUUAGUAUCACAUUUGGAUUUUUAAGAGUUCUUUCGUGA